CCGAAUGGACGGUCCGAAAUAAACCGAGCAACCUGAGAAGGGCAUCGAGCUUCCCUAUAAAAACUACGCUCAAAACCCUAAACCCUAAGUCCCAAAACUCUCACUCUCUCUCACUCUCCCUUGCUGUCGAGAUCGAUAAAUGGAGUUCUGGGGUGUGGAAGUGAAACCCGGGGAAACAGUUAAGUGUGAAGUAGGAGAGGAGAGAUUGAUACAUCUAUCGCAGGUUGCACUUGGAGUAACAAAAGACAAAGAAAAUGUGCCAAUUUACGUGAAAUGCAAUGACCAGAAGCUAGUUCUUGGAAAUCUUUCCUUAGAGAAAUGUGCCCAGAUUUCUUAUGAUCUAGUGUUUGAGAAAGAAUUUGAAUUAUCAAAUGGCUCCAAGAAUGCUAAUGUUUAUUUCUGUGGAUAUAAGAACGUCAUUGAACCAGAAGAUGAUGGUGAAAUGUUUGAUUUUGAUUCUGAGGAUGAUGUGCCAGUUGGCAUAAAUGGCAACAUCAAGGGGGAUAAUAUGAUUGCGAAUCUAAUGGCAAAAGCAAAAAAGGCAGCUAAAGCUGAGGUCAAGGCUGAUGAAAAUGAAGAUGAAGAUGACGAAGAUGACGAUGAAGUUGAUUCUGAUGAUGAUCUUGAAGGCACUGACGAGGACAUGAUGGAGGCAAUGGGAGAUAGUGAUGAGGAUGAGGACAGUGGUGACGAUGAAGAAGAAGAAAGCUCUGAAGAGGAAAAAGAGGCUACUCCAAAGAAGUCUGCUAAUGGCAAGAAGAGACCGGCUGAAUCAGCUUCAAAGACUCCUAUUCCAGAGAAGAAGGCUAAGGUUGUAACCCCAGCUGGACAGAAAUCAGGUGGUGAUGGAAAGAAAAAUGUUCAUCUUGCGACUCCUCACCCUGCAAAGCAAGCAGGGAAAACACCAGCAAAGAGUGAAAAGGCGAAGCAGCAGAGUCCUAAAUCUGCUGGUUCUGUUAGUUGCAAGUCAUGUAGCAAGUCUUUUAACUCCGACAAUGCUCUUCAAGCUCAUACAAAAGCUAAGCACAGUGGCGGCAAGUGAGAAAGUUGCAAGUUUUGAUUCUCAAAAUUUGUUGUUUUUUUUCCUGAUGAGCGUUAGUUGAGCUGAGUAAUAGCAAUUGGUGUUUUUCUUUUUUCAUUCAUGAUCACUGGCGGAGGCAAGCUGAUUGCUGUGAGUUUAUUUCAGUAUCCAAAUUUGAGGAGAUACCUAUGGAGGUGUUUUGUUUUUCUAAAAAUUUGAGGAGAUACCUAUGGAGGUGUUUUGUUUAAGCAUAGAUGUGUGUAGUAUUUUAUGUGUGAUUAUUUCAGUAUCCAAAUUCUUGUGCCUCUGAA